UCCCUGCAGAGCUGUCCCUCGUCAAGGGGGACAUUUCGUUUGGUUCUAGCGGAAAACCAGCCCCUGGGCUGGUCGAGGUGUCUGUCGAGGGAGCUUCUGCCCCGAGGACCGGGGAAUGCGAAGGAUGUCUCCCACUCCAAGCGAGGAGCAGUCUUGGCUGAGGUUGCUGCUUGUUAUUCUUGGGAUAAUUAUGUUAGUUCGGUUGCAUAAAGAACACAGACGAGAGCUUUCCUUCCCUGCUAAAAAGGAUGCCAUGUCUCUACCAGUGAUUGUCCCCGGGGGCCUCUUUCUCAGUCUCCUUGAGCUUGGCCUGAGUGAACUGAGGUUAUGAAGUCCGUCCUGGAUGGCCUUGCUGACACCACCUUCCGCACCAUCACCACCGACCUCCUGUAUGUGGGCUCCAAUGACAUUCAGUACGAAGACAUCAAAGGCGACAUGGCAUCCAAAUUAGGGUACUUCCCACAGAAAUUUCCCCUGACUUCAUUCAGGGGAAGUCCCUUCCAAGAGAAGAUGACCGCUGGGGACAGCCCCCAGCUGGUGCCCGGAGACCAGGUGAACAUCACAGAAUUCUACAACAGGUCUCUGUCCUCCUUGCGGGAGAGCGAGGAGAGUGUCCAGUGCGGCGAGAAUUUCAUGGACAUGGAGUGCUUCAUGAUCCUGAACCCCAGUCAGCAGCUGGCCAUCGCGGUGCUGUCCCUGACGCUGGGUACCUUCACGGUGCUGGAGAAUCUGCUGGUGCUGUGCGUCAUCCUGCACUCGCGCAGCCUGCGCUGCCGGCCCUCCUACCACUUCAUUGGCAGCCUGGCCGUGGCGGACCUGCUGGGCAGUGUCAUCUUCGUCUAUAGCUUCGUGGACUUCCACGUGUUCCACCGCAAGGACAGUCCCAACGUGUUUCUGUUCAAACUGGGCGGGGUCACGGCCUCCUUCACCGCCUCGGUGGGCAGCCUGUUCCUCACGGCCAUCGACAGGUACAUUUCCAUUCACAGGCCCCUGGCCUACAAAAGGAUCGUCACCAGGCCCAAGGCGGUGGUGGCGUUUUGCCUGAUGUGGACCAUAGCGAUUGUGAUCGCCGUGCUGCCACUGCUGGGCUGGAAUUGCAAGAAGCUGCAGUCUGUGUGCUCCGACAUCUUCCCGCUCAUCGAUGAGACCUACCUGAUGUUCUGGAUCGGCGUCACCAGCGUGCUGCUGCUGUUCAUCGUGUACGCCUACAUGUACAUUCUCUGGAAGGCGCACAGCCAUGCCGUGCGCAUGCUGCAGCGCGGCACCCAGAAGAGCAUCAUCAUCCACACGUCGGAGGACGGCAAGGUGCAGGUGACGCGGCCAGACCAGGCGCGCAUGGACAUCAGGCUGGCCAAGACCCUGGUCCUCAUCCUGGUGGUGCUGAUCAUCUGCUGGGGCCCCCUGCUGGCCAUCAUGGUGUACGACGUCUUCGGGAAGAUGAACAAGCUGGUGAAGACGGUGUUCGCCUUCUGCAGCAUGCUCUGCCUGCUCAACUCCACCGUGAACCCCAUCAUCUACGCUCUGCGGAGCCAGGACCUGCGGCACGCCUUCCGCAGCAUGUUCCCGGCCUGCGAGGGCGCGGCGCAGCCGCUGGACAACAGCGUGGGCGACUCGGACUGCCUGCACAAGCACACCAACAACGCUGCCAGCGUGCACAGGGCCGCCGAGAGCUGCAUCAAGAGCACGGUCAAGAUCGCCAAGGUCACCAUGUCCGUGUCCACAGACACGUCCGCCGAGGCUCUGUGAGCCUGCCGCCUCCCUGGCAGCACGGGAAAAGAAAGCAUUUGUUUUGUUUUUUAAGCUCAAGAUCUAGAAAAGUCUGUUGUCUCAUCAGUUAUAUUUUUUUAAGUUAACCAUGUUCAGUGAAAGGGUGAUUGUCACCGUGAUCAUUUAUCAGUUCGCUCACGUUUCCAUGGUUGAGGCCCUCGAACUCUGUUCUCCAGGCGUUCACUGCGAGAAAGCGUGUUGCUCAGUGACUGAUGGGCCCUUCCAAGUCUCGCCGCGGCAGGACGAAAACCUUGGGCCGCGCAGCUUGACGUCUAAAUACACGUUGAAAAAUACCAUCAAGCAGCUUUCAUUAUAACGUGAAAUGUCUGUCCAGAGUAUCAGAGAUGUCCAUUUUUUACAACAGGUAUAGUGCUAAAGAUAGAGAUGUUUUGUAAAAUGCAUUGUAUCUUGUGAGAAAUGUAUCAGUGUUUAUUUAUCAUGUGUUAUUUAUAUUUGUCUAGCUCAGCAAAACUGAAAGGUAGACUUUUACUAGAACAAUGAAACACACAGACUGUGGAUAUAUGCCAAUGAGACCCCUUUUUUUCCUAUAUUGUUAACCAUGAUAUAACUUUAGAAACCUUAAUAUUUCUUCAGAUAUCUCUAUUUGACACUGAAAUCCCAUAAAGAUUUAUUUUUCUGUUAACACAACAAGAAGAAUUUGAAGAUGUCAACGUACUGAGCAGAAUUCAUUGCCACUUACAGGUUUAUCAGUCCCUCAUUUUCAUAGGCGGAUACCUGUUAUCUCUGGAUGAUAGCUGUUCUCUUGGGGAAUGGAUUAUAAUCAGAAUGGAAGAGAGGAAACAUAUUGACUUUCCCGGGUGACAUCUCUGACUCCUUUAGUCUUUAGCUACUACUGGCUUUCUUAAGACAGCAUGUGUCAAUCUUAACGUCUGUUGUUGCCACUGUGCAGUUGCUGUUUCCUUGGAGAGUAUUGCAUCCUCAUACUCCAGGUUUAAGUACAUUUCAUGCCUGGGUGACCAAACAAUAGUCUUUUUUUUUUUUAAUUGAAAAGUAUUGUCUGGAUUAGUAAAAUUAUGCUGUGUGUGAGUGUGAGUAUAAAUGUGUUUCUACCCUAUAACUGUUACAGUAAUGUCAUAAAGUGAGAAAACUAUGACUGAGUGUGAACUGUUUCACUUGCUACACUCCUGCACAUGAAUUCACUUUCCAAAAUUGAGUUCUUUCAGAAAUCUUGCUGAUAGAAGUACUGACUAUAACCGUUCGGAAAAUUCCCAUCCUCUCUCCUCCUAAGAGAUUGGGUCAAGUAUUACUAAAUCGAUUUUUAGGUAUUACAUAAGACUUGCUAAGUUUAGCUAGGAAAAAAAUCAAUGACAGACAUUCAAGAAAAGAUUUGUAUUUAUAAUGUUAUCAUAGGGAAAUGAGAGUGCUUUGGUUUCUGAGCUCCCAAUAUUGAUCAAGUCCAUGGAGAUUUAAGUUAUUAAAAGGAAGAUAGUUCUACAAAAAAAAUCAAAUGGAAAUAUUUUUCAGUUGCGUGUGUCGGUCUAAGUGGUACUGUGCACAUUACAAUAAAGUAGUGCUAUCACACAUGUCCCACGUGGCUAGAAAGGCUAAUCAGACAGUGGAGGAGAUGAGAAAGGGUUGCAAGACACCGACACGAAGCGUGGGAAACUGCUGCUGCGCUCUGCCAGGUGCCCAGGCAUCCGGCUGGGUCUGGGCGAAGGAACAGACUUCUCUGCUCAUGACCUGCAAGAUGCAGCAGACAUGCACGCCCCCUUUCUCCUUAUGACCCCUUCUCACACCCCUGACUGAUGCCAUGGAUGCUCAGAGUUGGGCCUUUUCCAGUAAGGAAUGAUAAUGCUUAAGAGGCCACUUGACCCUGACAAAUUUCACCUGCAAUUGCUUCUCCUCAUACAGCUAAGUUAUGACUGCCACAAGGCCCUGGGGCCUACAUAACAUGAAGUGGACUGGAGAGCAAGCAUCUGUCUGGUGAUCUCCAGCUCUCAAGACACCCUGCAGCCUGAUGGGCACUGCCUCUCAUUGCAGUUCAUGGUCUAAGGCAGAGUGAGGCCUCUGGACCAAGUGCAGAUAUUUCAAUUGGCUGUCCAUCUGUACAGCUCGAAUCUGCUACUGGUCCCCCCAGUUUACCUCACUGUGAAAUGCAGAUGAAGGCUCAGGGUGCUAGAAAUUAAUAAGAUCUCUUUAGAAGGAAAGAAGAUUAUUGAUGAAAAAACUCACCAGGGUCUAGUUUCCAUUUAAGAAUUGCCAGUCUUUCAUCCUGUGUCAUUCUGAGUAUUAUUAGUCCACAUAUCUUUGAGCUCAGCAGGUAGCACCAACUCUCUUCUCACAGCUAUGAAGACAUAAUGGAGAUAGGUAGAAAAACUUGUUAUAGGUAGAAAAACUUCGGGGUUCAUUUCUGAAACUGUGUUUGUGCAUAUGCAAUGUAGAUUUUAUAGUGUGUUGUACUUUCAAGAUCUACAUUAUAUAUAAUAAAUUAAGGGACAAUGGGGCUGACAGCACUAAACUUGGUGCUUAUUGAUAUUCUAGGAAAUAUCUGUGAAACAUCACCAUGUACGUGGUAUACUACCUUCAUUUCAGAAUGUUUAAAAUUAGUUGGAUUCACUUUGACAUGUUUCAUAUCAUUUCCUAACCCAAGUGACUAAAAUGUUCUCUUCAAUUAAUAUACUCAUUAGGAUGACCGUUUGUUAGCAUUCAUUAACUAGCCCCAUAAUUAGUUCCAUUAAUUUAAACAUGAUUUAAAUUUAAGUAAGUUUUGUAAGGUCUGACACCAGAGGCAUGGGCUUUCCUCUGAGGAUAACAUAUUUUGCCUUGCAUUUUGCCAUCACACAUGUCUUCAGAAAGGACCAAAUCCCUAACCUGCUUAGUCUCUUCAGAGUAAGGAUGAAUCAGUCCUAGAUUAACAAUUUCAUUCAUAUAAGGAGGACUGUUUCUGAGAAUCUCUAAUUUUGUAUUACAUAUGAAAUAUAUGUAAAAGAAGAAACGAAUCUGGAAGAUACUGCGGACAUCUAUCCAUACUCAAGGGAUCCCUAGCCUCUUUUUGAGUAAGGUCUAUCUGGUAUUAAAUAUCAAGGAGCUUUUGCCACCUGGACCCACUCUGCAGGAAAUAGGCCCAACCACCAGACGAGAAUUAGGCCCUGGAUGAGCAGCACUCUGGUAACUGUCCUGUUCAUUAAUUUCUGCCAUUCCAUGUCCAUAAAAGAGACCACCAAUAUCAUGCACAAAAUUGGAUUUCUCACACUUUAGCUGUAUAUUUGUAUGAUAUUUUAAAAUCUCCUAAAUGCUGGGCAGUGGCUAUUAAUAAUUGUCUUGCACCGGCCUUCUGAUGAAAUGUUAACAAUGCCUAUUGUAAUAUAGACAACACAUUCUAUCUACUGAUUUGGGUUGAAUGUAUGUAAAUAGGUUUUCAAAAAGUCAAAUGUUUAAGCAGUGGCCUAUUAAUCAGUAAUUUUCAGAUAGGAGAGUUUCUUUGCAUUGCUGUGGCAUCCUGAAAGAUGUUUUCAUGUAAACUUACUAUUCUAAACUUACUGGGCAUCAGAUUCCUCAAGAAAGGAAACCUUUUCUUAUAAUAAUAUGAAGCAAGAUGCCAGAUAAUUUGGAUUCUUAUUUCCAAUGUGUCAAGAGGAAAAUAACUCUUUAUUGUCUGUAAAUUUAACAUUAUUACUUUUCCUCCUAGAAGAAUAUUGUACUGUUAGAUGUUUGUUGAGCUGGUAACAUUGUUGCAGCCGCAUUGUUGCAGUACCUUUGUUAGUAAUAUGUAUAAUGCUUUGUACACAAGUAUUGGUAAGAUUGUUAUUAAAUGUAGCUUCAGUCAUGAAAUUACUAUAGCAGAGUAGUACUUCUGUAGUAUUUACAAUGUAUUAAGCCCACAGUAUAUUUUAUUUCAAUGGUGUAAUUAAACCAUUAUUUAUUCAAAGAGAAAACAUCUCAUCAUGUCUAUUGUCCAAAAUUAGCUGGAAUAAAUAAAAAUUCUAGAUUACCAUGAAGAAUAU